GAUGCGGUAUAAAAUAGCAAUGGCAAUGAAACGCGAGCCCUCUGUACGGAUCAUCUAUGCGUCUUGUGAGUGCCGAGCUGGCAUUGGCCCAUCAGCCAGCUGCAAGCACAUCGGGGCCAUGUGCUAUGGACUAGAGGAAUUCUGCCGACGAGGGAUAUUCACUGGGAUGACCUGCUCAACCAGUGACCUACAGGCUUGGAGCGCACCACCAGGCAAAAGGCGAGUUUCUGACAUGGAGUUCGCUAAGCCUGUGUUCAACCAUACCCCGAAGUCAACCUCCAGUCGUGCGUCCUUCGAUCCACGUGCUGCCACCGCUCCAAAAGACUCUGCACCAGAAGAGCGACAGAGACUCUUUGACUUGUUGAGCUCUUGCUCCCAACCAGCCAAUAUCCUGGACACUCUGCGGCCAUGCUCUACCUCUCCUGCUCAGACAACCACCUGCUCCACUGGAUCAACCGACUGCCGGUCAGUGCCGGAGCUAGUGCAGCUGAUGAAGGAGUCCAGGACGUACCGCAGCACAUUCCGACCUGAUGGCAGUGUUGUCGUGGCAUGGUGUGAUAUGUUCAUGCGUCAUAUGCAAGUGUCCAGGCAGCAACGCCAUGCACUGGAGUAUCGAACUCGUGGGCAGGCUGGUAACCGGCAGUGGAAAAUGCAAAGGUACGGGCGACUCACAGCAUCCAACUUCGGCGUGAUUGUGAAGUGCAAAUCAGCACAUCCGUCGUUGGUGAAACGCCUUCUAUCCCAGUCAGUUAUCAACAGUCCGGCCUUGUCGUGGGGCAGAGAGCAUGAAGAUGAAGCCGUCCGCAUCUACUUGGAGAAGCAGCACAUGUCUGGCAUGAAUGGCCUGUGUGUCUCACGGCGUGGUCUUGUUGUCAUGCAGUGUGGGUACGUUGCUGCCAGCCCAGAUGGAAUCGUAUUCGUCCCGACCCAGCCGCUGACAUCGCAAAUGGGUUUACUUGAGGUCAAAUGCCCAUAUUCCCAUCGUCACCACUCUCCCCAAGAUGCAUGCAUGGAGUCUGGCUCCAACCCAUUCUACUGCACAUGGUCAGAUGGAGGUUUAUGCCUACGGCGACAACAUGACUAUUUCUAUCAAGUGCAAGGUGGCAUGGCAGUUGCUGAAGUGCAGUGGUGCGACUUUGUCGUGUGGACGCCAAUGGGCAUCGCUAUACAGCGAAUCCCAUUCGACGCGGCGUUCUGGAAGGAGCAGAUGGAGCCGAAAUUGACCGGCUUCUACCGUGGUUGGCUGCUUCCGCAACUUCUUCACCCACAAGAAGAGCCCGUCUGCUACACGGAUGUUGCCCCUGCCGACCUCACCCAGCUCAAUGUGCCGCCGCCAGUGUCGUGUGCUCUACAAAAUGCCGCCACCUCUCCAACGCAAGAGAAGGAUAGCCCGCCACGACAGGUGUGCGCUGCAGAAGAUGCUGCCAAGUCUCCAACGCAAGGAAAUGUGGACCGGCAGCAACGUAUGUCAACCGCCUCAGGAGUCUCAUCCUGCUGCCAAGGUUGUUCAUUUGAUCGAGCAUUGGCAUUGCAUCCGUGCAAAGUCUGUGCCCAUCAGUUCCAUCAUAUGUGCACGAAUGAUGACAUGGGCAAAGUUUGCAGUUGCUGCUUGAGAGCUCAUGGUGACGUCAGUCUUUGACGUGUUCAUUGGCUGCCACCAUUGCUACAUGUAUUUCCCCACCCUAUGGACGGUGGAGCUGUGGCAAUGCAUCCACAUGAACGGCUACGCAUGCAUACGGUGUACAUACUUAUAUUGUCAGUGUACAUAAUGUCUAGUGUUUUAUUGCCAGUGUACAGAACAUGAAAGUGGAUACAGCCCCACGUCACACCAUUUUUUUUACAACCAUACGUGAACAUAGCCCACUUUAUUGCCGUACAUGACAGCCACACACAUGCUUGUGAUUUGUAUGGUUGCUUCCAUGAUCCAUUGAGUUACUUUCAUAGAACGCACUUUUGUCACUUCAUGCUGAAAA